CUAUAAGAAGGAAUUAAAUCCAUGAGUUUCUUCAAUCCAAUUCAUUUUCUGUUUGUUCAUCCUUUGAUUUCUUCAUCAAAAUCAUUUUGUUGUUGUGUCCAUGGCGUUGAGGUGCAGGAAAAGUGAUGAGGUAGUUGAAGUUCUUAAUCGUGAAGAACGUCUGGUUAUGGCUAAAACUCACAAACGGAGGUGGAAGAUGGCCUUUGCCGCCAUUUAUUUCACUAGAGCUCUCAUCUCUCUGACGAGGAAGGUCACUGGCAAUAAAUCCGGCGCUCUUUUGCGGUCGCUUUCGUUUGUUACUCUUGAUGUGCAGGUUAAUGAUGAUAGUACGGAUUCUGGCGAGCAGCCGUGCAUGGCAGGCUUUUUCGGCGUUGAUCAGAAAGUUCUUAGUGAGAUGGUGAGGGAGAAGGACUGUGAGUGUUUGAAUCGAUUUGGAGGCGUUGAUGGACUGGCCAAUCUUCUUAAAACUAAUCCACAUGACGGAAUUUGUGCAACUGAGGAUGAUCUUAAUUACAGAACAAACGCUUUUGGAACAAAUACUUACUCGAAGCGCCACGGCAAAAGCUUCUUUAGGUUCGUGAUUGAAGCGUUUAACGAUACAACAAUAAUCAUUCUAUUGAUUUGUGCAGUGCUUUCUUUGGGAUUUGGUAUCAAACAACACGGUUGGGAUGAUGGAUGGUACGACGGUGGCAGCAUUGUCAUCGCCAUAGUUCUGGUGGUCGUCGUUUCCGCCGCGAGCAACUUCAAGCAAUCGCGACAGUUCGAGAAGCUUUCAAACGAGAGAGACGAUAUAAAAAUCGAGGUCACCAGAGCCGGUCGACGCAAAUCAGUAUCGAUAUUCGAACUCCUUGUCGGAGACAUCGUGUAUUUGAAGAUCGGAGAUCAGAUUCCCGCGGACGGAGUGUUCCUCGAUGGACAUUCGCUGAAGAUCGACGAAUCGAGCAUGACUGGAGAGAGCGAACACGCUGAAGUAAAUCACGAAAUUAAUCCGUUUCUGCUAUCAGGAACCAAAGUGAACGAUGGAUUUGGUGUGAUGAUGGUGACUUCUGUGGGAAUGAACACAGCCUGGGGAGAAAUGAUGAGUUCAAUUAGAAGGGAAAUUAAUGAGGAAACUCCACUGCAAGCUCGUCUGAACAAGAUGACCGCCAUUAUCGGGAAGCUAGGACUGACGGUCGCAGUGGUGGUGCUUCUUGUUCUUCUGGCUCGCUAUUUCACUGGUAGCACCGGCGAGUUCAAUGGAAGCAAGACGAGGUUCGAUGAUGUUAUGAAUGCAGUUCUUGGCAUGGUUGCGGCGGCUGUUACAAUCGUUGUGGUGGCGAUUCCGGAAGGUUUGCCUCUAGCUGUUACUUUAACUUUAGCUUACUCCAUGAAAAAGAUGAUGGCGGAUAAUGCAAUGGUUCGGAAACUCUCUGCUUGUGAGACCAUGGGCUCAGCAACCACAAUUUGUACUGAUAAAACUGGUACCCUUACUUUGAAUCAGAUGAAAGUUACAGAGUUUUGGAUUGGGGAAGAUAAAAUUAUGAACACAGAUUAUUCCAAUUCAAGGAUUAGCAGUAAGGUUGUUGAAUUACUGCACCAAGCAGUUGGAUUGAACACAACUGGUAGUAUUCAAACACCAGCUUCUUCAUUGCCUCUAGAAAUCUUCGGGAGUCCGACCGAGAAAGCGAUACUUUCGUGGGCGGUAUUCGACCUGGAUUUGAACUUGGAUGAACUGAAGAAACAACAUGAGAUGAUCCUGGUAGAGACUUUCAGUUCAGAGAAGAAGAGAAGCGGAGUUUUGACACGACGACACGGGACAAGGCUUGUUAAUACACACUGGAAAGGAGCAGCAGAGAUGAUAUUGGCUAUGUGUUCAUAUUACUAUGAGAAACAAGGAACAGCUAGAGCCAUUGAUGGUGAAAUGAGAAGACAAUUGACUGAAAUAAUCACAGCCAUGGCAGAAAAAAGUCUCCGAUGCAUAGCCUUUGCUCACAAGUCGAAUGAAGACGACGAUAUCCAAGACAUUCCUGUGAAACUCGACGAAUCGGAGUUGACAUUACUGGGAAUAGUUGGUUUGAAAGAUCCUUGCAGGCCAGGAGUUAGAGAAGCUGUGGAAUCAUGUAGAGCUGCUGGAGUGAGUAUCAAAAUGGUGACAGGUGAUAAUCUGCACACAGCAACAGCCAUAGCAAUUGAAUGUGGAAUACUAAAUCCCGACGACGACGCUACUAACAGCGAAGUAAUUGUCGAGGGCGUAAAAUUUAGAAACUACACACCUGAGGAGAGGCUCGAAAAGAUUGGGACCAUCCGAGUGAUGGCUAGAUCUUCCCCAUUUGACAAGCUUCUAAUGGUACAAUGCUUGAAGAAUCAAGGCCAUGUAGUGGCAGUCACCGGGGAUGGAACAAAUGACGCCCCAGCUCUUCACGAGGCUGACAUUGGCCUUUCCAUGGGAAUUCAAGGAACAGAAGUGGCAAAGGAGAGCUCCGACAUCGUCAUCUUAGACGAUAACUUUACGUCGGUCGUCACCGUCUUGAAAUGGGGAAGAUGUGUUUACAACAACAUUCAAAAGUUCAUUCAAUUUCAGCUCACUGUGAACAUUGCAGCAUUAGUCAUCAAUUUCAUCGCCGCUGUCUCGUCCGGUAAAGUCCCGCUAACAGCGGUACAGCUACUAUGGGUGAAUCUCAUCAUGGACACCAUGGGAGCUUUAGCCUUAGCUACUGAGCUACCCACCAAUGAUCUCAUGAUGAAAACGCCGGUCGGUCGAUCCGAUCCAUUAGUAACGAAGAUCAUGUGGAGGAAUCUCAUAACUCAGGCUGUGUAUCAAGUGGCAGUCUUGCUGGUUUUGGAAUUUAAAGGAAGUUCCAUCUUCAAUGUCAAUGAGAAGGUUAAGAGCACACUGAUCUUCAACACUUUUGUUCUAUGCCAAAUCUUCAACGAGUUCAAUGCAAGGAAGCUGGAGAAGAAGAACAUAUUUGAAGGGCUACACAAAAGCAAGCUGUUUUUGGCAAUAAUUGUGAUAACCUUAGCUUUUCAAGUGGUAAUGGUUGAGGUUUUGGGAAGGUUUGCCAAUACAUCGAGGUUGAAUUGGGGCCAGUGGGGGGCAUGUCUUGGCGUAGCAGCUUUGACUUGGCCAAUUGGAUGGCUCUCCAAGUUGAUACCAGUUUCAGCCCUGCAGUUUCCAUGGGGAAGAAACUCAGCACAAUAAAGCUUCCAUCAACACAAUCAGUGCUUAUUUAUGCAGACUUCUGAAACUGGCUGACGGGUUGAGUAUCCAAAUACCGAAGUGAAACUGGGAAAUCAAGGAAUCGAG